GCGACUGACGUCACUGCCAGGCGUCCGGCGGCACGUUGGCUGGGCCUUCGGCGGGCUUUUCGGCGACAAGGAUGGCUAUGGCCAGCGAUUUCUACCUGCGCUACUAUGUAGGGCACAAGGGCAAGUUUGGACAUGAGUUUCUGGAAUUUGAGUUUCGGCCGGACGGAAAACUUAGAUAUGCUAACAACAGCAAUUAUAAAAAUGAUGUCAUGAUCAGAAAGGAGGCUUAUGUACACAAGAGUGUAAUGGAAGAACUGAAGAGAAUUAUUGAUGACAGUGAAAUUACAAAAGAAGAUGAUGCUUUGUGGCCUCCCCCUGACAGGGUUGGCCGGCAGGAGCUUGAAAUUGUAAUUGGAGAUGAACACAUUUCUUUUACCACAUCAAAAAUAGGUUCUCUUAUUGAUGUCAAUCAGUCAAAGGAUCCUGAAGGCCUUCGAGUAUUUUACUAUUUGGUACAGGACCUGAAAUGUUUAGUUUUUAGUCUUAUUGGAUUACAUUUCAAGAUUAAACCAAUCUAAAUUGUUUUUUGAAACUGUGUUUAUAUUUAAUUAAGGGAUGGGUGAGGGAGGGUUUGCCAUUUAUGAUAUUGGGGUUUUUAUGAAUGUGAAGCAAGCCCUUUUUGUAUGCAAACUGAAAAUAAGAGAAUACAUAAACAGGCUUAAUGAUUAUCUUCACUUGGGUCCAAGUGGACUGGACAGUCCCCACACACAUUAAAUUCUGUAAAUAAAAGCCACGUUUAUUGAAAUUUUGCUCCAAUAAAACAUAUCAAAGCCUG